UUGAAUUGAAAUUGGGUUACUCUUUAUUUAAAUGAAAAAGGAUUUCGUUAGCUGAUCUCCCAAAUGGCAUGUUAGCAUGUCCUUGAGAACGAAUCCUUGGUGAUUUUGACGUCAUAUUUGACUUAUCAAAACAAGUCAUCUUUGUCAUGUCACUUUUUCGGCCAGUCAAAUUAUAACGUCCACUUAAAUUUUGUUCUCAAAAAUAUUAUGAUUGCAAUUUUGCUACAACAACUAAUGUUUUAAUCAUGACCCACCUCUUAACUCUCUCAAGCCCAAAUACUCUCAACUAACCAAAUAGCAGAUGACCACCUCUAAGAAGUUAUUCUCCCACCUAACAAUUAUAGUGUCUAUCAUCACUCCCAGUACAAACUUGGUGCUUCGUGGUAAUUUCUAAACCUGAAAGACUCUUCCUUUUUCUCUCUCUCGAUCUAUGCAUUCACUUCACAGUCUUCAUCUCAGUUUCCUUCCUUUGUUCCCUAAAAAACUUCUAAAGCUCAUUUUAAUAAGACUUAAUAAACUAACAAGAUUUUGAGAAUUCUAUUCGGGAGGGGAGACAUGAUCCAAGGAAUUACUGAACAAGAUAUUGAAAAAGCUGAAAGCCCCAAUAAAGAUGUUGAAAAAGCUAAUAGUUCAAGGAAGCCAAAAGUUACCGAACAAGAUAUUGAUGAAGCAGAGAGUUCAAACAAGCAUGAAAUCAGUUACCAAGAUGAUGAUGAGAAGUUUGCAGAAAUAUUAGCAAAGAUGAAUAUGCUCAUUCAUAUUGGUGCAGAAUCUCCGAAGUUUCAAAGAAAAGGGGAAGGUUCGUGUAGCAUAUUCAAGAUUCCCCAAAGCCUGAAGAAGAACCAUCACAAGGGCUAUGAGCCUGAGAUAGUGUCAAUAGGUCCUUACCAUCACGGGAAAGAGCAUCUCCAAAUGCUCGAGGAGCAUAAACAUCGUUAUUUGAAACUUUUCCUUGGUGAGGCAAAAGAUGGUGUCGAUACCAACACUUUGGGUAGAAAAAUAAUUCAAAUGGAGACAGCUAUCCGGAACUCUUACUCUGAGAAGCUAGUAGUUAUAAAACCGGAAUUCCUCAAAAUGAUGCUCCUCGAUGGUUGUUUCAUUCUUAUGUUGUUCUUCUUCAUAUCAAGACACGUUCUCUCAAGUAAGAAGUCGCCAAAUGAUCGUAUUCUGACAACGCCAUGGAUCCUCUCCACCAUCCGGAGUGAUCUUCUGCUUUUGGAAAAUCAGGUUCCUUUAAUUCUUCUCAACACACUUUUGAAAGAAUCAAAAAUAUCUGUAAAUCUGGAGAAACUUGCAUUCAAGUUCUUUAACCUUUCAGUGGCUGAGAAAACAAAAUCUCAGAACCUUGAAGCACAACAUUUGCUUGAUCUGAUUCGUAAGAACUUCAUAAAUGGUACUUCUCAGAGUCCUGAGAAAGGACCAUCAAAUUCUCAUUAUGAUGAUUCGAGACUGAUCCUUUCAGCAAAUAGACUUCGCCUCCAGGGAAUAAAAUUCAAGGCUUCUCAUUAUCAACCUUCUUCAAAGAAAACUAGUGGCUAUGUCCCGAGAAGAAGCUCGCGGGAAGAAACAAUACUAGAUAUAAAACUAAACGGAAAUGAGCUUCACAUACCACCAAUAGUGUUUGAUGGAUUCAUCAGUUCGGUCUUGCUAAACUGUGUUGCUUUUGAGCAGUUAUCUACAAAGUGUUCCAACAAUAUAACCAGCUAUGUGGUUUUCAUGGGAUGUCUGAUGAAUGACGAGGCAGAUGCUACCUAUCUUAGUGAGAAAGGAAUCAUACAAAACUAUGUUGGUAAUGGGAGUGACGUCUCUCAAUUCUUCAAAUUCAUUUGCAAAGAUGUUGCCUUCGACAUGAGUAAUAGUUACUUGAAAGAAGAGUUCGAAGGGAUUAACAAUUACACUUCAAACAGAUGGAAUGUGGAGUGUGCAAGGUUCAAGCACCUUCACUUUGAUUCUCCUUGGACUGUUCUAUCAUCUUUCGCUGUUUUGGCAGCUAUUUUGCUUUCAGUACUCCAGACUAUUUUCGGAGGCCUCAGUUAUCUUCAUCAUUGUAAGUAACCAUUUGAUAAAGGCAUUUGAAUUUCAGUUGAGUUGUAAACAUAACUGUGAUCUUUCGAAGUAAAGCGUCAUAGUCAUAACUGUGAUCUAUGUUUAUAUAUUUUGUGUAUAGUGUCUGCCAUUGCUUGCACUCAUUUAUAGUGAGUCUUUAUAAACAUGAACUGUACUUAAAUUUUUAUUAUUUGUCUUGUUUUAUAAUAUAGCAUUUUGUUUUC